GCCGUUUCGCAUCUCUUGUACACAAGCCUCGAGCUGAGACAGACGCGAACACUGUGAAUCCAGAACUCAUGUGAAUUCAUCCCUCAUUUACUUACUAACGGACCUCUUCACAAAGAUGCAGUUCAUGCUGUUGUUCAGCAGACAGGGGAAGCUCCGGCUGCAGAAGUGGUACGUUCCUCUGUCCGAUAAGGAGAAGAAGAAGAUCACCCGAGAGCUGGUGCAGACGGUUCUGGCCCGCAAGCCCAAGAUGUGCAGCUUCCUGGAGUGGCGGGACCUGAAGAUCGUGUAUAAGAGAUACGCCAGUCUGUAUUUCUGCUGUGCCAUCGAGGACCAGGACAACGAGCUGAUCACACUGGAGAUCAUCCACCGCUACGUCGAGCUGCUCGACAAAUACUUCGGCAGCGUCUGCGAGCUGGACAUCAUCUUUAACUUCGAGAAGGCCUAUUUCAUCUUGGACGAGUUCCUGCUGGGGGGCGAAGCUCAGGAGACGUCCAAGAAGAACGUCCUGAAGGCCAUCGAGCAGGCGGAUCUCCUGCAGGAGAGCCAGACUGAAGAUUGGGGAGGUUUGGCCAAUGAGGAGAUCUUAUAGGGGCCGGAGCCCCGCCCACCCUGUCAGCCGAUUGGAUGCCAAAGAAGCAGAGACUCCCCGCAGCGUCCUAGAGGAGAUCGGCCUCACAUAAACCACACACACACACACACACUGAGCGCCUGCCCCUAAAGAUGUAGCAAACACACACACACACACACACUUCACCAUGUUGAUCAUGUGCUUGGUUUGUGAGCUCAGAAGAACUUGUGCAAAUGUUGUCAGCACAUCCUACUUUACAUCUGAUGUGAAGAACACACACACACACACACACACUCCAUCAAAUAUAUGUGUUUCUCAUCAUCCGUGAUCACCACACACUGCAUCUACUGGCUUUACACAGUAAACCAGUGCUUGGGAAAGUGGUAACACUUCACAAUAAGGUUUAUUAGUAUAACCCACAAUGAGAAAUGCUUUUGUUCCAGUAUUUAUUCAUCUCUGUUAGUGUUAGUUAAUAAAAAUACAGCUGUUUAUUGUUAAAAUGUUAGUCUAUUGGUAUCAAAUUCAACCUUUGAUUUUAAUAACGCAUUUGUAAAUGUUGAAAUUAUUUUUAACUAAGAUUAAUAAAUGCUGAAUAAGUAUUGUUAACUAAUGAACCGUAUUGUAAAGUGUUAGCGGAAAAGUAUUAUGUGACGUAGGGCCAUUCAAGAACUACAAGCCUACAAAAACUACAAAUUCAGGUCUCGUUUAAGUUUAGCAAGCGAUUGAAACAUGAAAAUUCGUGCAUAUAGCCUCUUUACUUAAAGGAGCUGUAUGCAAUUUAAUACACCCUCAUUUUAAGUGAUUGCAGUACCAGUUUUGGCCACCAUCUUGCAUACGGCUCCUUUAAUGUGAUGCGUUUUUGUCAGUCUCAAAAAAAUCAAAAAAAAUAAUCACGGAUUUUUUUCAUUAUUUGCAUCUAUUUGAUUUGAUUUAAAUGGUCAUAUUUUUAAAAUGGUUUUAUUUAAAUUGCUUGGAAGCAACACAAACCUGUAAUAUUUUUAGUUAAAAAGUAUUAACGUGGUAAAAAAUAAUAAUAUUUAGCUGUGAAACAAACUAUUCAGUCAUUUAUUAUGUGAGACUGAAACACAUUGAUAAAUGAGGGUUAUUGUGUCUUUUAAAACAGUUUAUUAUGAAUACUUUUAUGGAAAUCUGAGUGCCUGACAUAUGUACAUGUCAUGUAAUGCCUAUAAAUGGAAAUAUGAUGUGCAAUUUUAAUGCAUAUUUCAAAUGAUACAUUUUAAUAUUUGAAUUAAAUUAUUUGUGCAUUUAUAAUGCAGUACGGUUCUACAAAUCUGGCCUGUUUUAUGACUGACUAAUAUGCAUCAGUAAGUUUAUUAAAUCUAGGCUGAAAUAUGAUUUGAGUGCAUCACUGUGUGUGUGUGUGUGUGUGGUUUUUAUGUGUAAAGUAACCCGAAGAACCUCACUGAUUCUCCACUGUGUAAACACACACUCUUGAUCACUGUGUGAACGGGCCACACACACUUGACCACUGUUGGAUUCACUGAGACAGAGUGUGUUCUGUGUGUGUGUGUGUGUGUGUGACUCCAGUUGUUGAACAGUGCAUGUGUUUACAGUGUUCAGGCGUCACUCACACACACCUCAAGCUCGUCUUCAAGUUUCCCGUGUUCGAGAGACGCUGUGUGUCGUAUGAAAUCAAACGUGUUUAUUGUUCUAAAUAUGGAAUAAAUGUGUUUAUAAGUGCC